AAUCGAGUUGUGUUCCUUGUUCAUGUUCUGUUUUUGCUUAAAAAUGCAGUAAUUCGAAUCAAUAAAGAAAGCAAAAGUGUGAAAUUAAAUAACAAAAGCUACAUUUUAUUGAGAGUAAUUGAUUAUUUCCAAUAAAAAAAGCUACAAAUUGUACAAAACAAAUAAGAAUUGCUUUGUCUCCAUCGUUGUUGUUGUAAUGAAUAAAUAAAUAAGAUCUUAUAUUAAAUCGCAUAAUGCGAUGAUUAAUGCUUGUUGUGACUGAUUAGAUAAGUAAAAAAUCAAUUUUUGCAAGGUGCGAACAAAUUAAAUGUGCUGAUAAAAUUGAGAAAAAAAACUUCACAUUAAAAGGACUUUCACACCCAAUAAGAAAACAGAAAGAAAAAAGAAAAAAAAGUGGAAGUUGGAAGAAACUUGAGAACUUUUUUUAUGGAUGCCGAACCAUAUUCAUUGUCACAUCCCAGUGCAUCGUGUUUUUCACUCUUUUUAAAUUGUCUUUAAAUUAAAAUGCACUUGAAUGCAUAAUCGCUUAUAUGUGAAGUCAUUCAGUGUGUGCUGGAUUCCGGAAAUAGAACAUUUUAAGUGAUAAGAGCGUUCAUUGAACUAACAAGAAGAAAAAAAACUUGUCCAAAAAUAAUAAAACAAAAAAAAAAGAAAAAAGAAGAAGAAAAUUAAGACAUUUCAACUCCCCCAUACGAUAUUCAAACAACAUGUUUCCUGAACAAAGUAUAAUUGGAGCGAGAGCAUCAGUAAUGGUGUAUGAUGAGAAUCUCAAGAAGUGGAUUCCAUCAGGAAAUUCCUCGGGUCUUAGCAAGGUUCAAAUCUAUCAUCAUCAACAGAAUAACACAUUUCGCGUCGUGGGACGUAAAUUACAAGACCACGAAGUCGUAAUUAACUGUUCGAUUCUCAAGGGAUUAAAAUACAACCAAGCAACAGCGACAUUUCAUCAGUGGCGUGACGCGAAAUAUGUUUACGGGUUGAACUUCUCUAGUCAGCAAGAUGCCGAAAAUUUUGCACGUGCCAUGAUGCACACCUUAGAGGUGUUAAGUGGACGUGCAGUAGCCAUACCCGGUCAGCCGCCAAACACACAAAACUCGUCCUACGAUGAAGAUAUGGGAUAUCGUACGAUGACUCGUGAAGACGCGGACAUCAUGAAUCAACAGCAGAUUAUUUCGCCACAAACACCAACAGCACAGACAAUGAAUCAACAGCAUCAGGGACAUCAUCGAGCGAGCAGUGCUCCUGGUCCACCACAAAUGCCAACAAUGUCUGUUCUGCCUCAACAACAACCACAGCAGCAGAUGCAGAUGCAACAACCGUAUCCAAUCUACGCAUCUGGUGCUCAGAUGAACAAUCAUCAGAAUCAACAGAAUGGCGGGCCUCCAAUUUAUGUUCCAUCGUCCAUAUCAAUUCAAAAUUCAUUGAAUACUGUUGCGACAACUGUGAAGCCGAAUCCACCAGUGCCACAGAACAAUAUUAGUAAUAACAACAAUUAUGGACAUGGACAGAUGAUGAAUCAACAUCAGCAGCAAGUAAUUCCUCAAGCUCAGCAAUAUAUUCCAACAUUGCAACAACAAGUCAGCGUUCCAUCAGCGCCUGUUCCGCCUCCACCGCCAGCGUUCCAAAACAGCGCUCCUCCAUGUCCACCACAAAUGCCGAAUGUUGCACAAGUCGCGCCGAAUAAUGCAAAUGUUGGAUCAGGACCAGCAAUUGGCGGUGGCGCGCCACCUCCCCCUCCACCUCCUCCAAUGGCAAAACCUGGUGGAAUGGACAUGGGAUCAUUGGCAGCUCAACUGCAACAAGCAAAACUGCGCAAGACUUCAGGGCCACCAGCGCCACCAGCUGAAAACAGUGGCAACAGCACUUCAAGCAGUGGAAGUGGAAACUAUGGAACAAUCGGACGAACAUCAGGUGCUGGUGAAAUGGCAUCGAUGAUGGAUGAAAUGGCAAAAACAUUAGCAAGACGUCGGGAACGUCAAAAGGAUUCUACACAAGACGGAGACGAAUCGCGUGACAAAUGGGAAAAAUCAAACACGCUACCACAUAAGCUUAGCAGUAGCAACUCGCAAACACUCCCAUCAUCAUCGUCAUCAAAUGCAACAUCAUCACUGGCUGAUUCACCGCAAUCUCGAAAGCGUUUCGGUAGUGCCAGUGAAGAGACCAUUUUGAAGCAGGUGAAUGGAAAUGAAUUUUCGCUACCGCCAGCAUUCGACAUGAAAGCCUUCAAAGCGGAAAUCCUAAAAGAAAUGCGAAGCGAAAUAACCAAAGCAAAGAAUGAAAUCAUUGACGCUAUCAAAGUAGAGCUGAAUCGACGCCGAUAAACGUAAGUGAACAACGCAUGGCGAAGACCUACAUAAAUAAAUUUUUAUCAUCGAUCUACGAUUUGAUUUUUUUAUCUCAUUUCCCUCAUUACGUGAUGGGAAAAAAUGAAAUGUUUAAGUCUAAUAAGUAUUUAUAAUUAUAAUACAAUUAACAAAAAUUGAUUUCUUCUCCGAUUGACAUUUGUACGUAGAAUUGCAUAUAAAAUCCUUGACUUAUUUAAUCAAAUUGAUUGAUUAGAUUAACUACUAUUUGGAUAAAAGUUAAAAAAAUAAAUAAAUCGGAGAUUGUACGGCUGAUAAUUGAUAAAUAUUAAAAAAAUUAUUAAUUAACGAUAAAUUAGUAAUAAUGGCAGAUGCACACAACAAACCCAUUAUUUAAUUAAAUAUUUUUAAAGAAAUAUACAGAAAACAUGUCCACAGACAAAUGUAGGCAGAAAACAAAGAAAUUUUUUCCUUCUUUAUUUCUUUUCCUAUGCACAAUUGAAUGUGCAAGUGAUUAUGAUCGAGAAUUAUUCAUAAAAAUAUGUUAGAGUAACUAAACUUUUUUUUUUACUAAAUACUACCUUCAUGAAUAUACCGAGAAUGGAAUAUUUAAGUGAUAAAAUAUAUUUGUGACAAUUGAAAUGUGGCGGAGAUAGACGGGCGCAGUAUCAAUAACAACAGCAAGAACCUUUUUCAUUAACUCAUUGAACCAGUAUCAGUAUAGAUAUCAGUUGUGUAGAACUUAUUGAAUGAACUUCACCAAAACAAUGGUUGAAGAUCAAAAAGUAUUAUUUUUAUUCUUUUUUACUAAAAGCAUUAUCUGUUUUGUGUCGCAAAUUCAGUGCCGAUGAUGACACACCCAACCGCAGGAAUUUUUAGAUUUUUCCACAAAACUCUUGAAACUGCGACACAUACCGCAGAAUUAAAAUGAAUACGAAGAAAAAUAUGUAUUAUAGUUAUUGAAUAUCUUCCAAGGAAUUUACGGUUUUCCCCAAAGAAAAGCCGACCAACCGAAACAAGAAAGAAAACAUUUUCAUAAUUUUUCAUAGAUGAUAAUUUUUUUCAUACAUCAAGCGAGAAAAUAUAAAAAUAAAUAGAAAUAAGAAUCAUGUCUAGUUGUGAGCGUUUUCCCAGCUUUUUGCAGGGAUAAAUGAUGUUUCGUAAUUAAGAGAAGUAGUUAAAGUUAAAAGUUGUAUGUAAUUUAUCCAUUUCUUCCCUCCCCUUCCCCCUCAUUCAAUCACAAGUAAUUUAUUGCACAACCUGAUCCUGUUUAAGAAAUUUAAAAUUUAAACAUGUAAAAGAAAACAAACAUUGAAUGGAAAUUUUUUGGAUCAAAAUAAUCAACAUAAAAAUAUUUUAACUGUUUGCACGCGAAAGAAGAGAAAAACUUUUUCCUGAUUCUUUUCAAUGUCAUUAACUAAUCGGGAAGUAAACUUUUUAAAUUUUUGACUUAAUCAAAUCGAGAUGAAAAAAUAAACAAUCAUUUACUGUUUCAGGAUAAAGAAAACAGAAAACAAACGAACGGCGAAUCUAAUUAAUAUUAAUUAAGCGGUUAUAUAAUGAACAGUAAAGCUCCCAAAUAGCGCUAAUAUUGCUAAUGUAUAGAAUUUAUUCGUGACAUUUCUUAUAAUUUUUACUGAUGAAAAACAAAAGCAACAAAUAAAGUUAAAAAAAAUAUUUGAUAAAUGAAUUUUUUACAUGAUGCAAUGAUUACAAUGAAACUACUUAUCCGCAUAAAAUUAAGGCCGAAUAAACUGAUCAUGAGUAACAUAAAAUACUUAUCCAAAAGAAGUUAAAACACUGAGUAUUCGUCCCUUCUGUGUGCAUUGUGCAUGGUUAAAAGUAAAAUAAAUCAAAAUUACAAGGAAAAAUUAAUUUGAGGGAAACUUUGGAUCUUUAUGAAAAAUUGUAUCAACUGGAAAAAUGUUUGCUAGAAAUUCUGUGUGCGUUCGUAACUAAAUGAUAAGAUAUGAGAAGACGAAAUUGAGAUGAUACGCUAAUGUCUUUAAUUUUAAUUAUUAUCAUUUUUUUUUAUUUUAGAAGAAAGACGAUAUCUAAACAUUUUUUUAAAAAGCUUUUCACAUUAUAGUUCUUAAUAAAUCAAAAAUCUAAUAAAGAAAAAUAUUUUACAAAUUUUCCUUGUACGAUAAGUUUUUUAAAGCAUUUGAUUUUGCUACAUUCAUAAAAAAUAAUAAGCAAGACAAAGAGGGAGCGAAUUGAUUGUGAAAAUAUAUGCUAGGUAGACGACAUAUCGUCUCGGUUGUAGUAGAAGAUUAUAAAAAAUAACCUGAGAAGAACUUUUGUCUUGUCGCGUGCCUUUUGUGCAUUUCUUAGAUAAACGAAAUUUAAAAACAAGCACAUACAGUAGACACAUUUUGAAGAAGACUCAUGAAAGAAUAUUAAAAGUUCUUUUUCCCUCCCUCUUCGAGAAAGCAUUUCUUAUUUCACAUGAUAAAUGUUUUCUUACUACCUAGACUUGAGCGCUUUAUUUUUCUGAUUAUCCAAUUAAGUUUAGAUAUUGAUCCGCUAAUAAGUUUAUGCUGAUUAAUUUAUAUAAAACAAACUAUUGAUAGUAAAAGCUAACGAUAAUUAUACAACAUUAUCUACACAUAAUUCUGAUGAAUAAAAAUAAAAUUCAC